CAUUUUCAAUCUUUCCAAUCGAUGCGGCAUUCAGAUUUGACAACUACUCUGUUUAUAUUAUUUUUUGUAUAUUGUGAGUUCUGUUGUAGGUUGCAAAAUAUUUUCAGGCCAAGUAUAAUAAGUUUACGUUUAGCACAGACUUUUAGAUUAUGGUUUUAAGUUGUAAGUAGUGUCAGAGAUUUUAAAUACUUCAAUACAAAGCUCUGUUAUAAAGCUCCUGAAUAUGGCUAAUUUAAAACCUUUACAAUGUCUCAAUUUGGAUGCUAACCAACAGAAAAAAUUCAUGAAGUUCUUCAAAACAUUGCCGGAUAGACUCUUCACAGUGACUAUAUGGUACCGUGGAACUGUAGAGGACUGAUGAGCGCAACGUCAGAGGUUCGAAACCAGCAAGAAGCAGGCAAUUUAUAUAGAAACCCACCACUACUGUACGAUUCUUCGAUCGUUCCGAUUACUAUAGCAGCCACGGCUCGGACGCAGAGUUUGUGGCAAAAUGUGUGUUCAAAUCUACAAAUGUAGUAAAAAUCAUGGCACCAGCUGAUUUAGAAGAAGAACUACCAUAUGUUGUACUCAGCAAGAAUAACUUUGAAGCAUUAUUACGAGAUCUUUUGCUCGUACGCAACUAUCGAGUAGAAGUCUACACGAAUAAAGGCCCGUUAAAAACUUCCAACGAUUGGAUACUAGAGUUUAAAGGAUCACCCGGAAAUUUGACUCAGUUCGAAGAUGUGCUUUUCUCUAACAAUGAUAUGGUUGCCGGAUCUGCGCUUUUUGCUGUGCAUUUGAAGCAAAAUGGUAAACAAAAAGUUGUAGGUGUUGCAUGCGUUGAAACCAACGAGCGCAUCUUGUCGGUAUCUGAGUUUACAGAUGACGAUUUCUACUCUGAGCUGGAAGCUCUAGUUGUUAUCCUUGGACCUAAGGAAUGUAUUAUACCGACGAAAGAUCCUGAGUACGCUCGGAUUGAAACUAUGUUAAAGAGAAAUAAUGUAGUUGUAACCACAAAGAAAAAACCAGAAUUUUCACUGGAAAAAAAUUGUGUCAUACAAGAUUUAAAUAAAUUGUUGCGAUUUUCAAAAGGCCAAAAAGAAAGCGCAAAUACGAUGCCUGAAACGUCUAAUACAACAGCAUUAGCUGCAUUAGGAGUAUCAAUACGCUAUUUGGAUUUAGUUAAUGAAUCCUCCAAUCACGGACAGUACCAACUGAAGCUACUAAAUUUAAACAGGUUUGUUCAUUUGGAUGCGGCAGCCGUUCACGCAUUAAACCUGUUUCCUAAGCCCGGCACCAAUAUGAAUGCAGCAGCUUAUAAAGGGCACAGCGUUUUGGGAGUACUGGAUCGUUGCAGAACACCUCAGGGCCAUCGACUAGUGGCGCAGUGGCUUAAGCAGCCACUUCGAAAUUACGACAUCAUCAAAGAUCGACAUGAUAUUGUCGAAUGUCUCGUUGAUUGUGCCUCUGUUCGGUCUGAAAUGCAUGAUCUACACUUGAAGCGUCUUCCAGAUAUUCUUAUAUUGGUGAAAAAGUUGCUCAAAAAGAAAGCUUCUUUGCAAGAUAUAUUUCGUCUAUAUCAAGUCGUUUUACGAAUUCCAAAAAUUCUUCAUCUUUUGAAGUCACUAGAGAACACUGCGAUCAAAAGCAUUAUUUACCAUCCAAUGAAAGAUACUUUGGGAGAUUUGAAAUUAUUUAAGGAUAUGGUUGAGCAAGUUCUAGAUCUAGAAGCAGUGGAACGUGGAGAAUAUUUGGUGAAACACACAUUCGAUGAUCAGCUGAAGGAACAUAAGGAAAAAAUGGAUGAAAUUCAACAAAAUAUGAAACGAUUACUAUCAAAGGUUGCCAGAGAACUCGGUCUCAAUGAGGGGAGCUCCAUUAAGCUGGAAUACGUCAGCCAUCACGGAUUCCAUUUCCGAAUUUCUCUGAAAGAUGAGACCAUUAUCCGCAAGAACUCAAACUAUCAGGUAUUGGAUGCUAUCAAAGGUGGUGUAAGAUUUUCAAACGAAAAACUCGCUGAUUACAAUGCUGAUUUUACUACCUCGAAGGAGGCUUACGAGGAACAACAAAAGUCUAUUGUAGAUGAAGUGGUUCGAAUUGCCAUAGGAUACGUGGAACCCUGGACAGUUUUGAACAAUCAGAUUGCCCAACUAGACUGUUUUGUGAGUUUUGCAGUGGCUGCAACUAGUGCCCCAGAACCAUAUGUUCGUCCCAAAAUGCUUUUGGAAAGUGAAGGUGUUUUAAAGCUGACACAAUUACGUCAUCCCUGCCUAGAGUUACAAGAAGACGUUAAUUUUAUUGCAAAUGAUGUUGAUUUCCAUAAAGAUCAUACAACAAUGUAUAUUAUUACUGGCCCGAAUAUGGGAGGAAAAAGCACAUACAUUCGUUCCGUCGGGGUGGCUGUGUUAAUGGCUCAUGUUGGCUCCUUUGUGCCGUGUGAAGAGGCAAACAUAGUAAUUGUUGACUCAAUACUUGGCCGCGUUGGCGCGAACGAUAAUCUUAGCAAAGGUUUAAGUACAUUCAUGGUUGAAAUGGUUGAAACUGCAGGAAUUAUACGGGCUGCCACUGAUAAAUCUUUAGUCAUCAUAGAUGAGCUAGGACGAGGCACCUCAACAUAUGAGGGCUGCGGAAUUGCUUGGUCAAUUGCAGAACAUCUAGCCAAGGAGAAAAAAUGUUUUACCCUUUUCGCUACACAUUUCCACGAAAUAGCCGAAAUGUCAGAAACGAUUAAGACUGUCAAAAGUUGCCACAUGGAAGCUAUUGCUGAUAAUGACAACUUCACUUUGUUAUACCAGCUCAAACCUGGUGUUAUGCAGAAAAGCUUUGGUAUACAAGUUGCAAGACUGGCUAGUUUUCCCAGUGAUCUAGUAAUGUUAGCCCAAAAGUUAUACGACGAGUGCGAAGACCAUUACAUUCAACUACAAGAGAACAAAGAUCAAGAAGGAAUCGAUGUUUUUCUUUCAUCGAUAGGCAAAAUUGCCAACGUGGAUCCAAACAAUGAUGAGGCCAUAUGUGCGAUGCUGCAAGAUAUUCGUCUAUGCGUUAGGAAUUCCAGCAGCACUUAUUUUCGAAAAACCUUUCCCUCUCUCUACAUCUAACUCGGAUAUGUAAACAUGACCUGAACUACCGCAGCUUUGAUACAAACAUAAUAAAAAUUUGCGGAAUUGUCAAUAAAGAAAUUAUUAAUGCUAGUUA